AAAACCGGCUGCAUUGCUGUCAGUAAGUUCGAGGAAACUACAGAAAAGAAACAACCACCUCACUGGAACGUUCUACGCUCAAAAAUGGAUACGAAGGAAGUCACAUUUAUCAUAAAAUGGAGUGGAAAAGAGUAUCCGAUUGAAGAUCUUACCGAGCAUGAUACGGUUGCGGUGCUCAAGCAUGAGAUUUGCAAAAAAACACAGGUUCGCCCCGAGCGACAAAAGCUGCUAAAUCUGAAGCACAAAGGAAAGCCGGUCACCGACGAUAUCAGGCUUGGAGCUUUGGAGCUGAAAGCAAACUUCAAAGUAAUGAUGGUUGGAUCCCUUGAGGCAGAUAUCAUAGAGGCUUCUUCAAGACCAACGGACAUUGGCCGUGUCGUGAACGAUCUGGACAAUGAAGACGAAGAUAAUGUGCCGUUGGAAAACAAGGAAGUCUAUCUGGCCAAGAUAAAUAAGCGAAUUAAAGAUUAUACCAUCAAGGAGCUUAAUCCACCUCGUGAAGGCAAAAGAUUGCUCGUGCUGGAUAUCGAUUACACGAUAUUUGAUCAUCGUUCCGUUGCGGAAAAUGGAGCUGAGCUGAUGAGACCUUAUUUGCACGAAUUUUUAACGGCCGCUUAUGAGCACUACGACAUUGCAAUAUGGUCUGCAACCUCAAUGAGAUGGAUAGUGGAAAAAAUGAAACUACUCGGUGUAACCGACGAAUCCCGCGACUACAAGCUGGUGUUUAUGUUGGACGAUGCUGCCAUGAUAACAGUAUUAUGUCCGCUGCGAGGUGUCAUUGAGGUGAAACCAUUGGGCGUAAUUUGGGGCAAGUAUAGCCAAUACUCGUCGAAAAACACUAUAAUGUUUGACGAUUUGCGUCGAAACUUUCUCAUGAAUCCGAAGUCAGGCUUGCGCAUUAAACCGUUCUCCGAGGCGCAUGUAAAUCGGCACAAGGAUAAGGAGCUUCCAAAGCUGGCUAAAUAUCUAAGAGCCAUUGCCGAACACUGUGAUGAUUUUGAUACUCUGAAUCACAAAAAGUGGGAAGAGUAUUUGUCCAAGAAGAGUGCUGAUUAAAAUAUGAACAAGAUAGUAGUUAUAUUACCAGUCUAUAAGAAUCUAUAAGCAAGCCGAAAAGGCGUUGGUUCAUAGCGAUCUAAUAAAUGCAAACUUCCACUUGUAAUUGAAUCAAAAUGACCCUAUUUAACGGUUUGA